AUGACGGACCACGCUUCUGGAGAGCCGAAUCCCAAUCUUGCAAUCUACCUGGAAGAGAUCAAGUACUUCUUGGAUGAUGUGUAUGGUGGCCACUGGGAAUCAGUUCGAUUGCUGUUGAAGCGCGCCGCAAGCGCCUCGGAAGAGCUUGUCCUGGAGAUGCCGCAAGUCCAAACCUCUCAGGAGAUUGGCGAGGCGAUCGAGUCUAUGAAGCACAUCUUCAGCAGGGGCAAGUGUCCGAGGUUCGUCGUUAUUGAGGCUCCUAGUCAAUUGCAGCGAGACUUGAUUUAUGGCGUUGAGCGCCUGCGAUUCAAGUGCAACGGGACAGCGACCGUGUUUGCGUAUCCUCCGCUUACUGACAAUCUCAAUCUCAAGAAAAAGCUUGAAUCCGGAGACCUGAACGCUUCGGACAUGCUAAAAGUCUUGUCGCCAUACUACGACUUCAUCGCCAAGCGCGAACCGCAGUGGAUGUGCGCUGAGAGGUUCGCUCGCUGUGCCGCUGUUGUGAUGGUCUUCUCAAAGGGGCAAGACGACUUUGUGUGGCACCUGUGGGAUGCAGAGAGGGAGGGCGGGCAGUGGGCUUUUCCUGGCGGCGACGUCAAUCGCGCGUUUGAUGUGGACUUGUGUGGAACCGCAGAGCGGGAGUGGAACGAAGAGGUACUGGGAUUCGAUUUCAACAUGGCCCGUGACAUCUCGAUCGACCCUAUCGUCUUGCCAUUUGUGCCCAAAUCUGAGAGUGCUCGCUAUCCCGUACAAACCUACAUCUAUGUAAGAGCGACGCCGCAAUUCUUCGAGGCAACUCAGUCACCGCAGGGUGAGCGAUUCCGCUUCACCUUGCCACCAAAUGCUGUGUUAAACUCACGAAACAUGCGGGGUGAGGAUGCCAGACGUUUCCACACCGACCCCGCUGUGGCCUUUGUUGAGCAUGAGUGGGGUGCAUGGGCGAAGAUUGGGGUGGAUGGAUCCCAACUCUUCCCACCAAUCGGAGAAGGAUCUGGCGAGUUUGUCCCCGCGAGGGACAAAGGUGCGUUGGGAGAACGUGGCGGCGCUGCAGCUACAUUGGCCGGAAUUUGCCUUGCCUUUGCUGGGCCGUUCUUCUGCUUUGCGGGUCAAGGGCAAGGGAUCAGGGGGAAAGGCAAAAGCUUCUGGAAAGACAGGCUCGCGCCCGAAGCCGAUUGGCGGGCAAGGAAUCCAAACUGCUGGGAAAGGUGCUGGGAACGCGUGCCGCCGGCAAUCCCCGGCGGAUCAAGAUGA